CUCUUUCUUUCUCCAGUCUGUAGAGGGAACAUUACAGACGAAGCAAAGCAAAGAAGGACAGCGUGUAAGGCAGUGGAAAAGAAGAAAAAUACUGAAAAAUGGAUUUCGUAUCUCUGCUGGUCCCCUUUUUCGUGUUGAAGCUUGUCAUCAAGUUAAAGCACAAUUCCUUCAUCAUUACGAGUCUCUUCCACGCAACCCUACAUCCCCACCACCGCCACCAUUAAUUCCCUCCUCUACCCGACACACACAUUCUCACUCUCUCAUUACUCUCUCUCUCUCUCUCUCUCUCUCUCUCUCUCUCUCUGUGCAACACUGCACCUUUCUCACCACAUUUGUUAAAUUGCGCGGGUAUUUGGUUCCGUUUUGCCAAUUCUGUUGUGAGUUCUUUAUAUUAUAUCGAAUUUUAGCUUGAAUUCUGGGUAUCUGACUUCUCAGUCAUGCCAGCCUUAGCCUCACCCAAAACACCAUCCCAGACCAUUUUCGUGCCCGACCCGACCCCUAAAAUACAGCACUUCAAUUGUACCAAAACCCCGUCACCUUCCACCUCACGAACGAAAGCCUCCAGAAAAACCCAACCCGUCGAUGAGACUUCGCUCGACAACCCGGAUCUAGGUCCGUUCUUGUUAAAGCUCGCCCGGGAUACUUUCGGGUCGGGCGAGAGCCCAAACAAGGCGUUGGACUACGCCAUUCGGGCUUCCAAAUCAUUCGAGAGGUGUUCGGGUCCGGGUCUGGACCUCGCUAUGAGCUUGCACGUUGUGGCGGCGAUAUACUGUAGUUUGGGGAGGUUUGAGGAGGCUGUUCGGGUUUUGGAGCGGGCAAUUGAAGUCUCGGAUCCGGAAAACGGGCCGGACCAUGCGCUGGCUAAGUUCUCAGGGUACAUGCAGCUGGGUGACACGUGUUCGAUGCUGGGACAGCUUGAGCAGUCCAUUUUAUGUUACGAGUCGGGUUUGAAGAUCCAAAGGGAGACUCUGGGCGGGUCGGAUCCGAGAGUUGCAGAGACUUGCAGGUACCUAGCAGAGGCCCAUGUCCAAGUAAUGCAAUUUGAUGAGGCAGAGAACUACUGCAAGAAGACUCUUGAAAUUCGAAGGGAGCAUAGCUCACCUGCGUCUGUCGAAGAGGCUGCUGACCGGCGUCUCAUGGCUCUCAUCUAUGAGGCAAAGGGAGAUUAUGAAUUGGCACUCGAGCACCUUGUUCUUGCAAGCAUGAUUAUGAUUGCCAAUGGGCAAGACAAUGAGGUUGCCGCUAUCGACAUGGGCAUUGGUGACAUUUACUUGUCUCUUUGCCGCUUUGAUGAGGCAGUUUUUUCCUACCAGAAAGCACUUACGGUUCUCAAAUCCACAAGGGGUGAAAACCACCCUUCUGUAGCAUCAGUUUUUAUUCGCCUGGCUGACUUGUAUUACAAGACAGGCAAGCUAAGAGAGUCCAAAUCCUACUGCGAGAACGCAUUGAGGAUAUACGCGAAACCUUUGCCUGGAAUCAUAUCUGAGGAAAUUGCUAGCGGGUUGACAGAAAUCUCAGCCAUCUACGAAGCUGUCAAUGAGCCUGAGGAGGCGCUAAAUCUCUUGCAGAAAGCAAUGAAGUUAUUAGAGGACACCCCUGCACAGCGGAGCACUAUUGCGGGAAUAGAAGCGCAGAUGGGUGUUAUGUUCUAUAUGGUUGGGAGGUAUGGGGAGGCCUGGAGGUCCUUUAAGAGUGCUAUAUCAAAGCUUCGGGCCAGCGGGGAGAGGAAAUCAGCACAUUUUGGUAUUGUGCUGAACCAGAUGGGAUUGGCUAGUGUGCAGUUGUACAAAUUAGAUGAGGCUGCUCGGCUUUUUGAAGAAGCAAGGGAGAUUCUGGAGCAGGAGUGUGGCCUUUGUCACGUGGAUACUCUUGGAGUAUAUAGCAACCUUGCAGCAACUUAUGAUGCCAUGGGAAGAGUAGAAGCUGCAAUUGAGAUGCUAGAACACAUUCUAAAGGUGAGGGAAGAGAAGCUUGGGACGGCACAUCCAGAUUUUGACGACGAGAAGAAAAGACUGGCUGAUCUUUUGAAAGAAGCAGGAAGGGCUAGGAACAGAAAAGGAAAAUCACUUGAGAAUCUACUUGGUUCCAACUCCCACCAAAGGACGAAGAAGGAAGGAGUGAAGAGGUGGGCUGGCUUUGGACACAAAACUUGACCAAGAAUAUGACUCUCUCCCUCCGGCUCUUUUUUCCCCUGCUGCAAGUUUUAUUUAUUUAGCAGAUUUUGUAGAUAUCAAUGGAUGCUAUUUCAAUUUCCACUUGGUUUUCACUUUGCUCUCUUUGUUUAGUCACUCACUUGUUUCCUGGAGUUGCUUCUCGUGUGAAAUUUAACCUCUUUUCUCGGUUAUGUCAUGUGUUUGCACUUACUGUUCUUGGUA